AGCCCAACUUCCUUCGGCGGGUGGAUGCCAGCGGGGCUGUGAUGGAGGAACUGCUGCUGGAAGACCCAGAGGUUUACUGCCCGUACAGUGCCUCUGGCACCGUUGUGGGGGGCCUCGUCUUUGCCAACUACGGGCGCAGAGAGGACUUUGCGGUGCUGGGGCAGCAGGGGGUGAGUCCGCGGGGCCACCUCGUCCUCGUCCGCAUUGGGAAAAUCAGCUACGCCGAGAAGGUGGCAAACGCUGAGGCUUCCCAGGCUGAGGGGCUUCUCAUUUACCCAGACCCCGGCGACAUCCCGCAAGAUCUCCGCAAGCUGGGGCUUUUCCCCAACAUAAGUAUUUAUGGACAUGUUCAUAUGGGUGCUGGAGACCCCUACAGUCCUGGUUUCCCUUCCUUCAACCACACCCAGUUUCCUCCCAUAAAAUCCUCGGGGCUGCCCACGAUCCUGGCUCACCCGAUCAGCGCUGCUGUGGCUGCCCGACUGCUCCGGCAGCUGACCGGCCCCCCGGCCCCCCCAGCCUGGAAGGGGCAGCUGCCGGAGGUCGCCUACCUGCUCGGCCCGGGGGAUCCUGGCUUCCGCCUGCAGCUGGGCGUGCACAACGUUCGGCAGUCGGUCAUGAUUAACAACAUUUUUGGGUGCAUUGAGGGCAAAUUUGAGCCUGAUCACUACCUGAUUGUGGGGGCUCAGCGGGACUCCCUGGGGCCAGGAGCCGCCCGGUCCGGUGUGGGCACCGCCAUUCUCCUGGAACUGGCCCGCACUUUUGUGGCCAUGGUGCAGAAUGGGUUCCAGCUGCGAAGAAGCCUGCUGUUUGUGAGCUGGGAUGCCGGUGACUUUGGCAGCGUGGGCUCCACCGAGUGGCUAGAGGGCUACCUCACCAUGCUGCAUCUGAAGGCCGCCGCGUACAUCAGUGUGGACAAUGCAGUCCUGGGAGAUGACAAGUUCUUGGCCAAGACCAGCCCUGCCCUGAUCAGCCUCAUCGACAGCGUCAUCAGGCAGGUGGACAGCCCCAAUCGCAGUGGCCAGACCAUCUUUGAGCAGAUGACGGAGCAGGGCCAGCGCUGGGAGAACGAGGGAAUCCUGCCCCUCCCCAUGGGCAGCAGCGCCUUCGCCUUUACGUCCUUCGGGGGCGUGCCGGCGGUGGAAUUCUCCUUCGCGGAGGACUCGCGGCCGUACCCCUUUCUCAACACCAUGCUGGACACCUAUGACAACCUGAACCGGGCUCUCCAGGGGCGGCUCCCCGCCGUGGCCAAGACGGUGGCCGAGGUGGUGGGUCACCUGCUGAUCAAGCUGAGCCACGACCACCUCCUGCCCCUCGACUACUGGUGCUACGGAGAUGUUCUCUUGCAAAAGAUCGCUCACUUCAACGAAUACAACUUGCAGCUGAAGAGUCGGGGGCUCACCCUGCAGUGGAUGUACUCGGCUCGCGGCGAUUACGCGCGGGCAGCGGAGAAGCUGCGGAAGGACAUUCACACCUCGGAGGAGCAUAACGAGAGGCUCCUGCGCAUGUUCAACGUCCGCAUCAUGCGGGUGGAGUUCUACUUCCUGUCUCAGUACGUGGCGGUGACCGAGACCCCCUUCCGACACAUCUUACAUGGCCGAGGGCCUCACACCCUGCAGGCUCUGCUGGAGCACGUCAGCCUCCUGCGGGACGCCCCAGAAAGGUUCGACGAAGUCCUCUUCCGCCGGCAACUCGCCCUGGUCACCUGGACGCUCCAGGGGGCGGCCAACGCCCUGAGCGGGGACGUCUGGAACAUCGACAACAACUUCUGACCUGCGGCCCCUCUGCUGGAGCCUCCGCCGCCUGCCCGGGCCCUCCGCGGGCGGACUCUGGCGCUUGCAGCCUCCGCGGUGCUCAGCACUCCCCGCAUCGCCUAGAUCAGCAUCUGGUAUCCAAGUUGGGAGCGCAGCAAAACAGAUCCGUUUGGCAAAUACUGUUGUACUGUUGGCAAGCACACGCGUGUGCAUGAACCCACACGGGUUUGUUCCAGCUCCAGCCAUUGCUCUUUCCUUUCUUCCCCUUUCCAUCCCCAAUCUUAAUUUAUCAGUGACAGGGCCCACUAUGAAUGGUUCAUAUAUUGCUAUGCAAUAGAAUAAAGACCUCUGUUCCUCCAGUGUCAAUUGCCCCCCAUCGGAAUGGCCCCCCACUUAUUUGCUCCACCAGAUUUAUCAGCAGCAACGUCUGCUAUAAAUCGAAUUGAUUUAUUGCUAUGUAAUAGACAGAAAUCCUGCACCUUUUCUUCUUUUCUUUUCUUCCUUUUUCAUUCCUCCCCAGCUUUUAACUCGUUCAUUGCUCCUUGGCAGAUUCUGACUCCCCUACUUGAUAAUUUAUCAAUGUUUAUUGCCAUGCGACGGAAUGAAAAGCUAACUUACCUUCUUGAUGAUAUAACGAGGGCCUUGUUGAUUUAUCAGCAACAGCGUGCAUUAUAAAUUAUUCCUUA